AUGCUUUCUCUUCCGGAAAAUCAUAAAGGCUAUAGUGCAUUUCUCCCCUGCGGAAACACCGUAUGGGACGGAAGGGGCAAAUCUUCGCAGCAAAACUACGGUUCAUGGAAGAGUUUGGGGUUAGUAAUGAAGUAUUUGGAGUCGCAUCCGCAUGAAUUGAAGGAUAUAUUGAAGGGCUUCUUUCUUGAAGACUUGGUUUACUCCGAUUUUGGCCUUCAGGACGAAAGAGAACUGUUUACUGAAGUGAAAACACUCCGUGGAGAUUACGUUAACAUUUCCGAGAGGUACAGGAGCGGUGAUGUGAAUCAUCUCAUCACGGUUAACCACACAUCUUUUUCAAUGCCGUUAAAUUCCGAUGUUCUCUUCAGUCAAGGCGUUAUUCACAUCACGAGCAAAAUAUUACUUCCUGACAAUUUUCACGUUUCUCUUUUAAAUUUGGUCAAGACAACGGAAAUUGCUUCUUACCCCAACUAUUCUUUUCUGCAUCUUGUUGAGCAGAUACCGCAACUUGUCGACACAUUAAACUUGAAUGAGGAAGGAAAGCCCUCUGAAUACUCUUUGUUGAUUCCCUCGCCUGAUCUGUUGAAAGAUUCUAAUAUUAGUGCAAGCUACAACCGUCUUUCGGAAUUCUUGGAAUUGCAUUUGGUUCCAAAUACUGACGUUGACACUUUACUCCAGUGUGUAAAUUCUGUGCACCACGAUUCUAACGGAAGUUUUAUCUUCCAUACAAACCACACGUAUGGAAACUUCAGGUGCAUCAAGAACAAGGCUACGGGGGAGACUUUUCUUCAUUUGAACCGUGAAGUAAGCGGGUUUGAAUCAUCGGACCACAAGGUGAAAAUCGUUUCGCAUGGAUGCACGAACGUCAUGACCCCAAACUCUAGUUGUGUGUUUCUUCUUGAUAAACCUCUCAAGCCAGAAUGGUUUGACGCACCAAAGAACUUUUUGCACAUCCACAUUGGGUGGAUCAGUGUGUGCAUUGGCAUAAUAAUCGGUGUCAUAUUAUUUGGUUUUGUCAUGACAACGCUAAUAGUUUGCCUCGGGAGCGGCAACUCCCGGAAAAAGUCGGAGCCUUUCAUGUUCGCAAAUGAACCUUUGUCGCCAAAUGAACCUUCGUUCAUGCGCGUUACCUCAGACGAGGAUUUCCUUGAGGAUCAUGGUUACGAGACUGACGAUGACAUGAUGGGCAAUGAAAGAGAUCCUAUUUUAGCACGAGGUAAAGGAAAAAGGAAAGCACAAAAUUACUACGGUGCAACAUCGACCACUAGAGAAACUCCUAGUGCUCCACGGUCUAUUAAAGGAAACUCGUUACUCAAGAACCUUAAUCGGGAUCGCGACUUUCCGGUCUUGAAUAUGUAG